CAGUUUUCCUGGUAACAGAAAUCCUUUAUUCCAGUCCUGGCCGCCGAGCCCUCAUUACACUCUCUUCCAGAUUGAUGGUCGACUUGGAGCCAGAGGGGAAGGUGUUUGUUGUUAUCGACCUGUCGGGCUCUUCCAGUGAAGCUCCAGCAGGCUCCAGUGAGAAUGAGGAGCGUGUCUUCAGGCAGCGUCUCGGCCCCAGGAAGCGUCAGGGCGCCGUCAGGAGGAGAGUCCACCAGGUCAACGGACACAAGUUCAUGGCAACGUUCCUCAGACAGCCCACCUACUGUUCUCACUGCAGGGACUUCAUCUGGGGCGUCUUAGGAAAACAGGGCUACCAGUGUCAAGUUUGCACCUGUGUGGUCCAUAAACGCUGCCAUGAACUGAUCAUCACUAAGUGUGCAGGGAUGAAGAAGCAGGAGGACACAGUGGAGGAGCCCGUUGGUUCUCAGAGGUUCAGCGUCAACGUUCCACACAAGUUCAGGAUCCACAACUUUAAAGUCCUGACGUUCUGCGAUCACUGCGGUUCUCUGCUCUGGGGUCUGCUGAGGCAGGGGCUCCAGUGUAAAGUGUGUAAAGUGAACGUGCACAGGCGCUGUGAGAGUAACGUUGCCCCUAACUGUGGAGUCGACGCCAAAGCAAUCGCUAAAGUCCUCUCUGACCUCGGAGUGACGCCGGACAAAAUCUGCAACAGCGCUCUGAGGCGGAAAAAGGUACAAAACAUCUCAUAUUUAAAUAAAAUAAAAUAAAUAUACUGGCGUUUAAAAAGUCCAUACUCCACAACCAUCAUAGAUAAAACAAGAUGAAAGGAAUUUAUUAUUAUAACUAGGCCAAUGCUGCAUUUAUGUGAUCCUUUAUUUCUGAAGUUGUAUUAUGUAAUCGUAUCAAAUGUACUGCCCCCUCCCUUCCGGCAAAUAUCUGCUGUCCAAUGGAAGCUUGUUAUUUAGGGGAACAACUCAAGCCCACAGGAAGUGCGCCGGACUCUGAUGAAAAUAUUCGUUGUGUCCAAACGGCCGUACUACAAUUUCCGUAUCAGUCCGUGACGUCACCCGGCC